AUGUCUUCGAAGUUAGUGUUUGAGGUUAGUUAUGGGGGUAGAUUUGACUGGAGUUCUGGUUGUGAGUAUAUGGGUGGAGAAGUUACUGUUCAUAGUGAUAGUUAUGAUCUUGAUCACUUGUCUUUUUUAGAAUUGAAAGAUAUUUGUAAAAGCUUCGGGUACAAGGGUAAUGAAGAGGAGGGGAGGGUUGAUUACAAUGACCCUUGGUGGAAAGACAAGGUCAGUGAUGAUGAUGAUUUAUUUCAUGUAGACUCUGAUGUUGGUGAUAGUAGAGCUGGAACUAGUGGAGCUGUAACUAGUGGUGCUAGAAAUGGAACCAUUGGUGAUGGUGAUGGUGAUGGUGAUAAUGAGAAUGAGGGUGAUAAGGAAAAAUCAGGUGAUGUAGAAGAAGAUGAUGAAGAAGAAUGUGAUGAAGAAGAUGGGAAUCAUGAUGAGGCCCAUCCAAGUAGUGAUGGUGUUAGGUCCGAAAGUGGGCCUAAGAAUAAGAAAAAAUUUGAAGAGUUAGAUGAUGAUGAAACUAACUUAGAAAAGCCUAGAAGUGACAUACUCGAGUCACCACCGAGUAGUGAUGAGGAAGAUGAAAUUCCAUCUGCCAAAACUCCUGAAUUUCACUAA